CUUUGAGAUUUUUUUUUUUCUCCGCAUAUCCAACUCUGCGUUGUUCAUUGCAUUUUGAGAGCCAAAUUCGGUAAAUGCUUGUUUUCUUCUCUAGGAACGAGAUUUAGUAGAUGUUUAUGCAACUAUGUUUCUAAAUUAUAUGAUACCCAUAUGCCUAUGUUUGGUUCCCAGAAAAUCUGGAGGAAAGAUGGGAUAGGGAAAAUUUGAGUUUUGUAAAUUUUUUGUAGUUAGUUAAUCCAAAAAGCCAAUCCAAUACGUAUUGACUAAGCCAAAGACUUGUCAGCACUUUGCAGUCGAUCAAACAAGACGAUUUUGUAGUGAAGAUUCGGGCACGAGGCGGAAACCAUUUCUCAUAUUAUCUUUUUUCGACUUCCAAGCACCGGGCGUUGGAGAUAAAGCGAUUAAUCGCAUUGCGUAGGAUUUUUAGGUGAAUUAAUGGCCGUGGCUUUUACCAAUCUUUCAUGGUGGCUGUGGAGUGGGAAGCAUCAAGAGCCUAGUAUCUCCAAUAAAUCUUCUAUAAAUUCUUCAUCUGAGUCGACUAUGUGGGAAUCCGAUGCUCUGAAAUUUCCUUUGGUUAAACGAGACAAUAUAGCCUCAUCGAGGAGGGUGAAGCGGAAAUGGCAUAGUCGGGAAGAGCGGAAGAUCGAUAGGGAAUAUGAUGUUGUUCUUGUCCCAUCUGAUGGGGGGUGUGUUUCAGUUACAGAGUCUGAUGAUUCAGAUUGGUCAAUCGGAUGGUUGGAGCCUCAUGGCCCUGGGUUCCAGAGUGAUGAUGAUCCUGACGACAGUUUUGCUGUGCUGGUUCCAUGCUAUGGGCACGGUUACAAUGAUCUGGUGGAGCAUUCAAAGAACAAUAUUUUGAGCACUGUUGGCAACAUCCCUUAUAAUUAUUCAGAUGAGAUCGAGAAAUAUAUGGAACAGUGGCUCUCUUCUCUUCAAAGCCACUAACUUCCAAGGACUGUUGGUGAUAAACUAUUGGUGCUUAUGAUGCUGCUUCUGUCAUGAGUUGUAAAUUUUAUGUACAGUUGAAGAUGCAAAAAAUUAAGAGGAAAAGAAGUUAAAAAAAAGGAAAGAGAUAUGUGCAUAGUUUGAUGAUGUUACUAGUAGAACAAGGAUUUGCUGAUGUCAGGUCCAACCUGAUAUAAUUCCAAAGAGCAGCAAUGGCGAAGGAUGAGGGAUGGGUGUAGCUCUCAGUGCUGGGAGAGAACUUCCUUUCUCACAGCUUCUAUCCGGUUUGACCGCGAAGGACUGAGCUGCCGCCUUCUUACCUGCUGCUUUGCCAUCCGAGUUUAGCAUGUAUAUAAAAGUGUGAUGUAAUGAAUUCUUAGACAGAAAAAAAGAGGAAAAAAAGAAAAAAGAAAAGCAACCAGAAAAAAAAAUGGUGUGUGUUGGAUAGAAAGUUAAGGUGGUGAAGGAAAAAGCGUGUAGUAGGAGUGCGUGCCCAUAAUUGUUUGAUGUAUAUAUAGGAAGGAGGCAUUUGUUAGAUGUUAAUGUGACUGUUGAAUGUUGAUUGUAUGAUGAUUGUAAAUAUUAUGUUAAUAUUAAGAUGAUUGUAAAUAAAA